AUGUCCCUCUUCAUUAUGAGUCCCAUGAUGAAACAACCGCAAUCCCUCACCAAGACGAGCAAUCCCGCUUUGAUCCGCAGAAGACGCGAGCGCAGUCACUCUCACGCUGUCGCUCACCCCUGUCACGUCGAUGUUGACACUCUCGAGUCAAGCAUUUUUCCGCCCCGAAGAUGUAAUUUCGCCCGGAAAGCCCCCGGUUCCAGCCAUCGAAUCCGAUACAGCGUUCAGGAUGUCCAACACACUGGAUUGCCUCUCUGCGAUGUCGUCUUAUUCCAGAAUGCAGGCAUUCCGAGCCCCUUGGCCUGCAAACCUGCGAGUCUCAGUCUCUCACAACUGAAGGCGGGCUCGCGCGCCCCAUCUUCGCAUACACCAGCCACUCCAGCGUGUUCCAUCAGAUCUCGUUCUGCCAGAGCUGGAAUGAGGGAUACGUAUGAAGCCCGCACGUGGCGAAACAGACUCAGACGGCAUUCCAGAUCUCCCAGAGCACUCGAAUCAAAUCCAUGUUGCACGUCCUGCUUCACAAAAGAAACUCCCAAGUGGCGCCAAGGUCCCUUUGGAUCACAUACCCUGUGCAACACGGGUAUCUAUUGUGUCAACGUUCAGGGUAGCUUCAUUAGGAGUUUUCACUGCAAAAAGAAUCUCGUUAUUGCUCCUAAUUAUGUUGGGUUUUGUCCGAGUGAUAAUGUACAUGUUUGUUUCUCCAUGGACAAGAACAAGACAUCGAUCGUUCAGUACCAGGAUUCGAAGUCGUGA